AUGUCUGGUGUACCGGUACAACAUUGGAACUUUGGUAUUGGACCAAUAACUUGUCACGCAUGGAAUAAAGAUAGGACUCGUAAGUUUUUGGAAAAUGAAGCUCCCAGUUUCUUCCAAACAUCUUUCAAUAAACCCCGUGAUUUUAGAAAUCGCUGUAUCUGCUUCAAGCAACGAAAUUCAUAUCUUCGAAUGGAAGAAUGGAGAUUGGGUCAAUAUUCAUACUCUAUCCGAACACGAUCUUCCAGUAACUGGUCUCGAUUGGGGCGUGAAAACUAAUCGUAUAGUUUCAUGCUCUCAAGAUAAAAACGCCUUUGUCUGGACAUUUGACAAAGGAACAUGGAAACCUGAAUUAGUUCUUGUACGAUUCAAUCGCGCAGCAACCUAUGUCAAAUGGUCGCCACUAGAAAAUAAAUUCGCUGUUGGAAGUGGCGCUAAAUUAGUAUCUGUUUGUUAUUAUGAAAAAGAGAAUGAUUGGUGGGUAUCGAAGCAGAUCAAAAAACCAAUUCGAUCCACAGUUACUUGUCUUGAUUGGCAUCCAAACAAUGUUCUUCUAGCCAUCGGAUCAUGUGAUUUUAAGGUUUGUUGAUAAAAAUAAAUAAAUAUUGAUAUUAAAUAAAACAUUACAGUGCCGCGUAUUCUCUGCAUACGUGAAAGAAGUUGACGAAAAACCAUCGCCAAAUCCAUGGGGUCAAAAAAUGCCAUUUGGUCAAUUAAUGAGUGAAUAUUCAGUUGGUGGAUGGGUUCAUCGUGUCGCAUUUUCCCCAUCUGGAUGUCGUUUAGCAUUUGUUUCACACGAUUCAUCGGUUUCUUUUGUUGAUUCAACAGUUGAUAAUACAAAAUCUCAACAUUUGCGGACUAUUCAUUUACCAUUUACCACAGUUGAAUGGGUCACAGAAAAUAGUCUCGUUACUGCUGUAUGUUUCAUCUAAACAUUUUAAGUAUUUAUAAUAAUCAAAGUUUUCAGGGACAUGAUUGCUCUCCAGUUCUUUUCGUUGUCUCGCAAGAUGUUUUGAAAGAAGUAUGUAAACUUGAUAUUCCAUCAGCUGCAAAAUCAUCAACAAUUAACAGCGCAUUGCAAAUGUUUAAAAAUAUUGAUAGAAAUGCUGCAUCCGAAAAAGUUAAUGUUGCACUCAAAACUUUACAUCAGAACAGAAUCACGUAAGUUUUUUUUUUGAUAAAGGAAUCUCAAGAAAAUGUAUGUUUUUUUUGCAGUCAAAUUCUUCCCCAUUCUGGAACAACUGGAAAUGUUGUCAAAUUUACUACUUGUGGAACUGAUGGUAUUAUUGCUCUUUGGGAUUUGAAGGUAAGUUUCUUUCUCAAUGUUUGCAAGAAGAAACCUUUCAAUUUAUACAGGAAACUAUUGAGUUUUGUAGGGUAAGAAGACUUCAGCAUGAAUUUGGUCUAUUUUUAAUAAUAACUUUUAACAUGAGUGAUUUUUAUUGAAUUGAAAUUUCUUAAAUUCUUAAUCAAGAGUGAAAGAUUGGCCAAAUUUUUUUCAGAAACUUCACAAUAUUUUUUUUCAGAAUCAUCCAUCAUUGGCCUAA